ACAAUGCAGAUUCCAAAGAGAAAACGAUUCGACACCAUUUUCUACCACCUGUUACUGCGCAAUUCGCUAAGUAUCAAAGCCGCUGCUGGGUUCGUUAAGUGUCGCCGUCGUGUUGUUAAUUCUCGAAUUAAGUAAACUCUGAAUUCCUGUGAAUCGUUUCUCGAUUUCAUCCAGAAAAUGCCCAAACGAACAUACAAAAGUCAAGGCGGCUCUUCUUCGAAGAAAUAUAAAAAACGACUAACUUCAAUAUCCCAAAUUGUUGAUAUUUCCAAAAGUAAUACAUCAGUGAGAGGGGUCAUCCAAAGUCUAAGUGGUUUGAAGGAAUCUGAUGCAGGGAAUGAAUAUUUCCAUUUCUAUUUGCAUGACUCAAAUGGCAAAAUAUAUUGCUUUGGCUUCUGUGAAAAACAACAUAAAAAACUACGUGAAGGAAUGUCAGUCGAAUUAACCAAUUUCUGCAUCCAGACCAGCAAAUUCACAGGAAAAACGGAAAUUAAGUUAACCGAUGAGUCCACCGUGAGAAAGAUAAAAACUAUUGAUGUUACAAUACCCGAAAACUGGACUAAAAUUGAAGACAUAUUUGCAAUGGAUGGAGAUUCCCUCAUUGAUUUUAAAGGACAGUGUUCAGAAACACCGAAGAAGGAUAAGAAGAAAAUUACUUUCAUGGCAACAGAUACAGAUAGCACCAAAUCUAGCAUUCAGAUAUAUGCUUGGCUAACUGACUUGAACGUACCUAAAAUCCAAAACAUUCAAGAAACCAAUAAUUUCACAUUGAAAGAUGUGUUAGUUCGGACUUCCAUGGGUGAAAAAGUAUUACAAAUAAUUGCAACUACCAUCAUUCAGGUAGGAGAAACAAGUAAAUAGGUAUAAUGCCCUUUGAUAUACUCACACAUUUUCAACAAACACUUUUUCAGAUUCAUCAUUAAUUUCACUUAAAUCCAUUGUUCUUUUCUUUUUCUUGAAACAAGAGUAAACAUUACCGUUUUGAAAAAAAUUUCCUCUCAUAUUCUCAGAAGAUUUUUAUUUUUUUAACUGUAGGUACUUAAGUUGUGAACAGUUUCAUCUAUAAUCUUUAUAUUAUAUAUGUUUAAAUCGGGGGGGGGGGGGGGGAGGGGGCUUUUUCUGAAAACUAACUGAUUGACUGUUGCAGAAUUUGAAGCAUCUUACUCUCAGUACUAUACACUCUUCAUUGUAAUUUUUCACUCUAACCUCAGUCUUAAAAACUAUCUUCUGCGACGAUAUAAAUUCGCAGAUUAUAAAAAGUUAUUCAAAAUUGCUGUAAGUAAAAAUGUAGGAACUUUUUGCUAAUCAUUAAAUAAGAAAAAUAUCAGAGGAAUAAACCCUUCUAAAUAAAUUAUCCAGAGCUUUUGAAAAAGUAUAAAUCUCAUGUCAUUUAAAAGAGGCACAAGUAACAAAGGUAAAGCUUUAUUUUUUAAGUAAUGUAUCCAUGUAACAUCUUUCAUUAAUGAAGAGUAGUAUUUAGUAAAAUUCCAAUUCAUUUCAUUUUGCUGUAGCCGUAACUCAAUGUACUAUCACUGGAUUUUUUACCGUACUGUAUCGUUUAUUAUAACUUAAAAAUGUAGGUACUUUUAUCUUUA